AUGGAAAAAUCUAGAGCUAUUGAAAGUGUGUGCCGAUCUUUAAAAAGAUCUAAUGUUGAUUUUGUGCUACUAAUUAAGUCUGAUGAUGGCAACUCAUGCAUUUACAAUUCCUCAAAUUUGAGAAAUGUGGCUGAUAGAAUGAAGAAAUAUACCUCGCUUUUCAUAAAAAAUGAGAGAUAUGACCUUCCAAAGUCAUUCCACUCAAAUGUUCCUGAAGAUACUAUUACCAGGAUCAACACAUUCCAUCCAAGUCUUGUCAAUAAUAUCAAGGUCUUGGAUUUCAAAGACUCCGAAAACAUCGAUAGUCACUAUGACAGAUUAUUUUCUGAAUUGCAACAAAACAACUGCAAGACAAUUGCUAAGUGCUGGAUAAAAGAAAUUGAGCCAAAUAAGCAAUCGAUAUUCCCCUACAAAAAUGGAAAAGAAUCAAUGCCGGCUUGGUGGCCACAGAAUGUGGUUCAUCGGGAACCAGAUCACAUAAAGAAGGAAGAAAGAAUUAGGUUGCUUAAGACAAUUAUCAGAAAUGAUCUUGAAAAUUUUUUUGAAGAUCAAAAUGUAUCGAAAAAUGGAAUUGUUUUAGAAACCCUUGCCGAUAAGCUACGAGAUGCUGAAAAUUCCUUCAUUUCUAAAAUGUCCCAUGACAAGAUAUCCAUACUAAGAGAACUUUAUUAUUUUGCUCAUAAUGAAGAAUUGUGGAGGAAGGGAAGGCUUUCAAACUCCUCGAUUGCUGUUAGUGACUUUGACUCAUUAAGAUCUAAACGCUCCGAAAAUCUCCGAAGAUCGACGCACACAGCAGAUGACUCUUCUAUCUAUAAAGAUGAUUCGGAAAUUGGUAUUGAAAAUAGCACCAUUUUGAAUGAGUCUACACCUCAGAAAGUUAACAAAGCUGCUAUGACUUCUCCUAUGUGGCAAGAUAUCAAACCAUUAAAUCAUUCAUACAAUCAAUUAUUUCAAACAAGCACCUACAGACCUCUUGACACCAAUAUUAUUAACACAAAUGUCCUAACUUCUACUAAUUAUUGCACUUCAAGUGAUGAAGAGCAAAGUUCACUAGUUUCAUUUAUCAACUACUGCAACAAUAAUGCUUUUGGGUACGGCCUGUUGGAAUCGCAAGUCCCGAAAAAUAUGAUUAAUGACGUUUUACUCGAUAAUGAGUUAAGCCAUAAGAUUAAUGAUAUUUUUAGUGCUUCUGGUCCUUCCUUAUUACGAGAAUAUCCUGACUGUCUCACGCUAAAGAGAUCGCAAGAUCAAAUUGACUUUUUUCCUGCUAAUACGGAGUUCAAGAGAGCUAGACGCUGA